AUGAUAGUGAAGAGGAGCUUGAAAUCGGUAAUGCCGAUUCUGAAACGGUGCCGGGCCGUCGAAUCGGCCGGGGACGACGAGGAAUCGUCGGCGAGUCGGAAGAGGCGCAGGGCCGCAAGCGGUUACUAUCCCCUGCAUCUCCUCGGCGAGGCUGCGGCUGGGAUAAUCCCGUUCGGCGGCUACGGAAUCAAGAAAGUACUUCCCGUGGCCGCCACCGCGGACGACGUCGUGGCCGGGAAUGGAGGGGCUGACACCGGAGAAGGACGUGGCGGGGAUGACGAGGCCGACGCUGAAGACGCCGGAAGUCUGGAAUCGAGGUGCAAGGAAUCUGAAUCGAAACCUAAGGAAGUCUCCCGGCCUCCGCUGGUGAGGACUUCCCGGGGGAGGGUUCAGGUGCUGCCAUCCAAAUUCAACGACUCUGUUUUAGAUAACUGGAAGAAAGAGAAGACUGUUGUCAGUAAGAAUCCAUCAAAAGAACCCGAUUUCGACUCUGAUUACGUGCCGGCGAAGGAUAAGGAUAGCAAGCUCAGCUUCAAAACUGUGGGCAUUAAUGGGGACUCGAACUUUUCCCGAAAGAGGAACGAAAAGUUUAGUAACGGCUACAAAUGCCGCAAAUUCUCACCUUUGUCAGAGGAUGAAAUAGCCGAGCUGAUGAAUGACGGGUUUAGAGACGAGGAGAAUUCAGACGAGCUCGUGAAGAUAAGUGGGGUCGAUAAGUUUUACAGCACCAAUGAAUUUGGUGUAGCUGAAGUUGUGUGGGCCGUGUCUGGUAUGCACUGUCCAGCUUGGCCCGCUAUCGUGCUCGAUCAAGAAUCACAGGUUCCGCAACAAGUUUUCAAUUUUCGAGUUGCGGGUGCCAUUUGUGUCAUGUUCUUCGGUUAUUCUGGAAAUGGAACACAAAGGGAUUACGCGUGGAUUAAAAGUGGGAUGAUAUUUCCUUUUGUAGAUUAUGUGGACAGGUUCCAAGGGCAGACUGAACUUAAUGAUAGCAAGCCCUGUGAUCUACGUUCUGCAAUAGAAGAAGCAUUCUUGGCAGAAAAUGGUUUUGUUGAAAUGUUGAUGGUUGAAAUUAAUGCGGCAGCUGGGAACUUGGAUUAUCUUCGUACUCUUACGAGAGGGGCCUUCGAGGCUUCCAAUUCGAAUCGAGAUCAAAACUGCAACUUUGCAGAGCGGGCUGUUCAUAUGAAGCAAGGAUCAAAAUCUUGUGAAGCUUGUGGUGUGAGCAUUGUACCUAACUUUUCGAGGAAAUCAAAUAGUUCGGAUGCUUGUACCAUCACCAGUCGCUUGUGUACUUCUUGUGCCAGGUUGAAAAAGAUGAAACAUUUUUGUGGAAUCUGUAAAAAGAUUCGGAAUCAAUCAGACAGAGGAACUUGGAUUCGUUGCAAUGGCUGUAAAGUUUGGGUCCACACAGAGUGUGACAAAUUCUCGAAAUACAACGUCAAGGAUCUUGGAACAAAUAAUUAUUACUGUCCUGAAUGCAAAGCUAGGUUUAACUUCGAACUAUCAGAUUCCGAAAAUUACCAAUAUAAAUCAAACAAAAAGGAUGCUAAUAAACCUGCACUGCCAAACAAGGUUACUGUUGUGUGCUCCGGCGUGGAGGGGAUUUAUUUUCCAAGCCUUCAUUUAGUUGUUUGCAAGUGUGGCUCAUGUGGAACUGAAAAGCAGGCACUAAGUGAUUGGGAGAGGCACACUGGUUCAAGAACUAAAAAUUGGAAAUCGAGCGUGAGGGUGAAAGGCUCCUUAUUGUCCCUCGAACAAUGGAUGCUACAGAUGGCGGAGUAUCACGAACAAAGUCUUGUUCCGGCUAAACCUGUAAAACGGCCUUCUAUCAAAGUGCGGAGGCAGAAGUUGCUUAACUUCCUACAAGAACCCUAUGAACCUGUUCAUGCCAAGUGGACAACAGAGAGGUGCGCUGUUUGUCGAUGGAUCGAAGAUUGGGACAACAACAAAAUUAUUAUUUGUAUUAGAUGUCAAAUAGCCGUUCAUCAGGAAUGUUAUGGAGCAAGACAUGUUCGUGAUUUCACUUCAUGGGUCUGCCGAGCUUGUGAAACACCUCAUAUCGAGCGCCAAUGUUGCCUGUGUCCUGUGAAAGGGGGUGCACUCAAGGCUACUGAUGUGGCGUCUUUGUGGGUUCACGUCACUUGUGCUUGGUUUCAACCAGAAGUUUCGUUCGCAAGCGAAGAAGAAAUGGAACCUGCACUCGGCAUACUGAGAAUCCCCUCGAGCUCUUUCGUAAAGAUUUGUGUCGUCUGCAAACAAAUUCACGGUUCUUGCACGCAAUGUAGCAAGUGUUCUACAUAUUACCAUGCAAUGUGUGCAUCCAGAGCAGGAUAUCGCAUGGAGCUGCACUGCCUUGAAAAGAACGGGAAACAAUUCACGAAAAUGGUUUCGUAUUGCGCCUAUCACAGGGCUCCAAAUCCAGAUACAGUUUUGAUCAUGGAGACCCCAAAGGGCACUUUCUCCACCAAAAGCAUGCUUCAAAACAAGAGACACACGAGCGCAAGGCUAAUAUCGACGAGCAGGGUAAAAAUCGAGGAGAUUCCGGAUGAUUCUGACAAAAUCGACCCUUUCUCGUCCGCCAGGUGUCGGGUCUUCAAGAGAACAAAAAAGACAAGAAAGGAGGCAAUCCCGCAUCAUAUUAUGGGAGCCCAACGACAUUCAAUGAGCACCAUACGAAGCUUGAAUGCAAAUAAAAAAACAGAGAAGCCCAGUAGCGUUUUCUCCACAUUCAAGGAACAAGUUCAGCAUUUACAGAAAACAGAAAAGGAUAAAGUGUGCUUCGGCAGAUCAGAAAUACAUGGGUGGGGAUUAUUUGCGCGUAGAAACAUUCUUGAAGGAGAAAUGGUUGUCGAAUAUCGUGGAGAACAGGUCAGACGAAGUGUUGCAGACCUCAGGGAAGCACGAUAUCGUAGGGAAGGCAAAGACUGCUAUCUAUUCAAAAUCAGUGAAGAAGUGGUGGUGGAUGCAACUGAUGCAGGAAAUAUCGCUCGACUGAUUAACCAUUCUGCAGAUGUACCUGCUGGGGAUGAACUAACGUACGAUUACUUGUUCGACCCAGACGAGCCGGACGAAUUCAAAGUGCCCUGUUUGUGUAAAGCUCCAAACUGCAGAAAAUUCAUGAACUAG